CAGACUAAGUGUAAUGAUGGAGACAUAACACACUCAGUAAUGUACAGUUAUAGAGUUAUAUCGAGUGAUAUAUACUACACACAGAGAAAAUUGUGAUCUGUAAUGUUUAUAUUUUGUUUCUUGCAGAACAACAUUGUAUGGCCACAUUUUAUGUGAAAAUACAGUUCCAGAAAAAUCUCCGCUGACGUCAUUACGAGUCGUUUAUCGCAUUAUCCAUACCACACACUCAAACAGUUUUGUAGGGUGGCACAUUGUUACUGGAAUGUUUCAGAAGAUCAUCCUUGACCAAACGCAAUCAAAAAUGAUUUUGAACGGUUUUAUCAAUUAGGCCGGCCUCACACGAUCAAGUUUACUUGAGCAAGAAUAUUGAUGAAACUAUUGCAGCAAUAUUCUGGUACGUGUGAUGUCCCCCGCAAGAGACUUGCUCAAUAUGUCCAGCAAUGUGUAGCAAUAUUGCACACUACCCGUUCUUGCGCCGUGUGAGGGCUCUUUUCGAGAUCUUGCGACGACUUGAGGCAAUGUUGCUGGGAAUAGAGCAUGGUCUUAUUAUCCAGCAAGUUUAUAGUACAUGAAAAAACACAUGUUCGCAUAUGUCAAGUUCAGUCGAUCCCAAUUUCAUUCCAGAUAAAAGAGGUGAAUUAUGCCUGGUCAGUGGUCAACCGAGGAGAUAAAGCAGUUGAUUUGUGAGGUGGAGGAACGACCGACACUGUGGAAUGUAUUGGUAGACGAAUAUAGAGACCGGGUGAAAAAAUCUGACUCGUGGAAACAAGUGGCGGAAGCUUUAAACAAGGAACAAUGCGAGGUGGAAAAGAAGUUCCACACGCUGAGGACUCAGUAUGCCGCUGAGGUUAAGGCCGAAGAAAAAAGGAAGUCCGGGUCCGAGGGUGUUGUAAAGAAGAGUAAGUGGCAGUACAUGGAGGCGUUGUCGUUUCUCGGCGUUGGGAUGAAAAAACGGCAAAGGAUCUUCCUCAGAGGUAGGUCCACUUUACGCAUGUUGAUACUGCCAGGACACUUCACCAAUAGGAGUCAUGAAAUACUCUCCAAACUCGCGUUGAAUCUCUCUCGCGGAUGUCGCAUGGUGGUUACUGCCUUGAUGGCGAAGUCCCAGAAGCGUCCCUUGGGGGUUGAAAUCUGCGCGCCAGGAACCAGGCAUCAUAUUUCCGUCUCGGUCUUCAAGGUCAAUUGUACCAGGGGGUGUAUACGCUUCGUUCGGUUCCUUCAUUAAGAAGUUGUGAAGGGCGACGACUGCUUGCACAACUAAUUGAGCCUUGUCUGGGUUCAAAUUGAUGGGCUUCAGCAAAACGCGGAAUCGAGUUGCCAGUAUACCGAAUGUACUUUCGACCAUCCGUCGUGCCCGACUAAGCCUGUAGUUAAAUACCCGACUGACAAUGUCCCUUGUUCGGAAUGGAUAAGGCUUCAUUAUAUUUUCUUGAAGUGCAAAUGCAUCGUCAGCUACAACCACGUAAGGCACAGGUUUUGUUCGACCUGGAAGUGGUGAAGGAUCAGGAAGUGACAGCGCCUUCUCUUUUAGACCCGUGAAAAGUUGAGUUGCCGAAAAAACACCACCAUCUGAUACUCGCCCAUUACAGCCUAUAUCCACGAACAUGAAUCUGUAUUUGGCAUCAACAAGUGCGAGCAGAACUAUACUAUGUGUGCCCUUAUAGUUGAAAAAAUAACUGCCGCUUUUGGCCGGAGCUUUCAGGACCACGUGUUUACCAUCAAGUGCGCCGAUGCAAUAGGGGAAAUGCCAUAAUUUUUUGUACGCUUCAGCAACGACUUCCCA